AAUUAAUGACGAAAUUAAUAACUGAGACGCCUGACCAGCCAAUCCCAUUUCUCAUUGAUCAUCUUCAGUCCAAACAAGGAAACCGAGGGCAGCUUCAGCGAACUUUAUCCGGAUCUGCGGCUCUCUGGGCAGAAAGUGAAACAGCAGAACAUAAAGGAACAAGGAGGGAUUUGAGAAGCUAUGCUAAGCCUUGGCAAUUAAAUGCAAAGAAGCCCAAAAAGUCAAAAAGUGACCUUGCUGUCUCUAAUAUUUCUCCACCGUCACCAGAAUCCAAAUCAUUGUCAAGGUCAGUAGAUCAUCCUAAGUGGAACUGGCGAACUAAACCAGGAAGCCGAGAUUUUGAUGAAUUGAACCACAUCCUUCAAGAGAGCAGGAAGCUGGGAAAAGCCCUUGAGAAGCUCUCUCGAAGUAUUGCAAUUUCAGAUGAACUUGAUAAGGAAACAGUGGCAUGUAAUUCUUCUCUUCUAAGACCCCGUGUAAUUGGAGAAUGGAUUGGCCGAGAAGAGAAUGAUGCUGACCCAUUAGCAGCCGAAAUGCUACAGCCCCCAAUUCCAAGAAGUAAAAAUGAACAAUGGGAAAGUGAAGAUAGCAGCUCUAGCCCCACAGGAAGCUUAAAGGUGGAACCCAAGACCAAGGGAUUAAAACAGCAGCAACAGCAACAUAAGAAACUGCUGGCAGCGAUGCUCUCUCAAGAUUCUUUUGAGUCUAUUCACAGCCCUACCCCACCCGUAACAGAAGAAGAUAUUGAUAAUGAAGAUGAUGCGAUGGAAUUGCUGGAGGAUCUUGAUGAUUUAAGAAUGGAGGGAGUGACUACUCUGGCACCUUCUGGGAGCAAAUUUAAUCUAGGUCGUGCUACUCACCCUGUUGAACUUCAGGCCAAGGUCACACUGAACAUCUGUUCAAGGUGUGCCAGACUUCAAGGAGACAACUUGGCAGAAAGAACAGAGGAGAUGACACAAAUACUUCCUUCUCCAGAUGAAAUAAUCCUGGAUUCUUUGAAUUCCCAGACCUGGCAGGCAAUCUUUUUGGCUCUUCUGCUUCUGAUCCUAGCUGUUCUCACAAAAUGCAAACACAUGCAAAAACAUUGUAAUAAACCUCAAUGUUCAGUCAUGUUCGGUAAGACUUCAAAAGAUGUUUGCUUUGAACUUGGUUCUAAAGAUGGGCAUACCUUCAUGAGAAUGAAAGAUAUCUUCUUACUCUCUAUGAUGUGGUUUGGCCCUUUCCAGGACCCUAAAGGAGAAGCCCCCAGUGGAGGACAGUCAUUGAAACACUACAUGGAAGAAGAUGAUUCUUUAAAGCAAUUGCAGGUGGUUCACCAACCAUGGAUCUUGCCAAGUGACACAGAAAGUGAAGGAGUGGAAGCAGAACAAGAGAAACGUUCUACUGACCUUCUUCUGUGUGUUCCGUGCUCUUCUUGUCCUACUCUGGUCUACUCUGGUAUGUUUGCUCAAGGCACUGACUGUUAG